GUCCGCGGGCUUCUCAGGUUAUCUCGCGGGCGCCAGCCAUCGGAUGACCCAGAUGUCGGCGGCCAGGAUCCCCCGGCCUCCCGGGGGCCCCGGUCCAGGCAGGAUGGCUGAGCGAGCGGCGCUAGGACCCCCGGGCAGAGCCUCGGGGAAGGGGGUGGGGGUGGGGGUGGAGUGGGAGGGAUACCUUACACGGUGCCCCCGCCGUCACCCUCAGAGCACGCCGCCCAAAAUAGCCCCCGGCGCCCGCUGGCCUAUCUCACGGCUGGGAGAUGGCUGCUGUCUCCGAGCCCGUGGACUUGGGUGCGCCUUGGAGAGCCGCGCGCCCCGAGCCCCCUCCCACACGCUUCCACAGGGUGCAUGGUGCCAACAUCCGCGUGGACCCCUCCGGGACGCGGGCCACACGCGUGGAGAGUUUCGCUCACGGCCUGUGCUUCAGUCGCGAGCCGCUGGCCCCGGGCCAGGUAUUCUUGGUCGAGAUCGAGGAGAAAGAGCUGGGCUGGUGCGGGCACCUGCGCCUCGGCCUGACUGCGCUAGACCCUGCCACUCUGGCCGCGGUGCCCGAGUUUUCGCUGCCCGACCUGGUCAGCCUCGGCCACACCUGGGUCUUUGCCAUCACGCGCCAUCACAACCGCGUGCCCCGGGAGGACGGCCCGGAGGCAGAGGCAGCGGUCCCCAGCCGCCCCCCAGCCCUCCUGGUGGAACCCUAUCUGUGCAUUGAGCAGUUUCGCAUUCCCCGAGACCGCCUGGUGGGCCGCAGCCGGCCCGGGCUCUACAGCCACCUCUUGGAUCAGCUGUAUGAGCUGAACGUGCUGCCUCCGACCGCGCGCCGCAGCCGCCUGGGCGUUCUUUUCUGCCCGCGCCCUGACGGCACGGCGGACAUGCACAUCGUCAUCAACGGCGAGGACAUGGGUCCCAGCGCCCGGGGGCUGCCAGCCGCCCAGCCCCUCUACGCAGUGGUGGACGUCUUUGCCUCCACCAAGAGUGUGCGCCUUGUCCAGCUCGAGUAUGGCUUGCCGUCCCUGCAGACUCUGUGCCGCCUAGUCAUCCAGAGGAGUGUGGUGCACCGGUUGGCCAUCGAUGGGCUCCACCUGCCGAAAGGACUUAAGGAUUUCUGCAAGUAUGAGUAAGGGCUUGCGGCCACCCUGGAACAGGGCCACAGGAGCAUGUCCUGGCCCUGGAGCUGUGGCUGGUCCGAAGCUGGCCAUACUGCUGCCGGCCAGGCCUGGAAAUAAACACAGCGAUGCUGACACUGA